GGGCCCGAGUACCUCCGCAGGCAGAUGGAGGCCGGCAACCCCGGCAGGGAAAGGUAGCCGAUAAGGCCAAGUACGUAAAAAGCCAGCGGGUAAUCAGCACCACGCAGGAGCCCGUCAUCGUGCUGAGCUCAGCCUCGGAGAGCAGCAGCGAGACCUGCUCGGUGGAGAGCAAGAAACCCAGCAGGGACUUUGGGAGAGGGAAGGGCGCGAAGCCACUGGAGCUGGCGAAGGCGGUGUACUCCUGCCGGGCCCCGCUGCAGCACGGCCCCCCCAUAGCCAGACGCAGCACCCCCAGGAGGCAGAUGCGGCCAGACUCCCUGGUGAUUUACCGCCAGAAAUGCGAGUUCGGGAAAGGUCAAAGCCAGGACAGCUCACGGGGGAGCUUGGUGAGGAGGAUCUUCCAAGGGUCUGUAAAGGAGAAGCAGCUGGCUUCCCCUGAGAUGCCCAGAGUCAUGGAGGACACCACAGCCACCGAGAGCAAAGAGCCUCUCUCAGCAAAAGACAGUGACCAUGAGCUGAGCAACUAUGGAGUGGAGCAAGCCAUCACUGUGAGCACCGAAGCACCAGGGGUAUGUACAAAAGAGCAUGAGAGACCCCCAAAACUGAGUAUACCUCCCGAGGAGGUCAAGGAGGUGAAGAGGAGAGGUCUCCAUCGCUCCCAGUCAGACAUCAGCUCUCGCUACUCCAAGUCCUUCUCGGAGUUUGAUACAUUUUUCAAGUACUGUGGCCUGGAUCAGGAGGUCAUCGAGGAUCUCGGGAGAGAGAACUUCUCAGUGGUGUCCGACAACGUCUCCUUCAAGAUCCGCAGCAUCAGCGUGGCAACGUCCGAGAGCGACUUCACGAGGCACAGCGGAGACGAGGGGCUGCUGGAGGAUGAACUCACAGAGCAGGUCCCGAGCAGCACCUCCGUGAUUGAGCGCAACGCUCGGAUAAUCAAAUGGCUGUACACGUGUAAGAAAGCCAAGGAGGCUAACAAAGUGAUCCAGGAACUGGCAUGA